AUGGCAGCCUGCGCAGCCGUCGACAAGCCGCGUGCGGAGGCGGGACAACCCGGAAUUCAGGCCUGGGCCGUCUGUACUCUUCCGCUUGCCUUCCUCGUCCACCUCGUCGUCUUCCAUAAGCAGUCCGUCUCGCCCAGAACUUGGACCCUGCUUAUGCCCAUCUUCCUGGCCGGGGCCUCCUUCGCUUGGCUCAGUGCCGUCUCCAAAACGGUUCCGCAGCCCUACUUGGAUGAGGUCUUUCACAUACCUCAGGCUCAGAAAUACUGCCAUGGGCGGUUUGGAGAAUGGGAUGACAAAAUCACCACCCCCCCGGGCUUGUAUCUGUUUUCCAACUUGCUUCCGCACGUCGCCAGCAAGACUGGCCUGAGCUGGGCGUACAGUUGCGACGCAAACAACCUUCGUGCCGUAAACACUGUCGGCUUAUUUGUGUUGGCCUACUUAUUCUUGCUCUGUCGGCACCAGAUCGAAGGACUCGCCUAUGACAGACGCUCAUCAUCACCCCAGAAAUGGCCCUUUUCUGAAUACGCGUUCCACUCUGCCUGCAAUGCUGCCCUGUUCCCUCUGCUCUUCUUCUUCUCCGGCUUGUACUACACCGAUGUCAUUUCCACGGCGGUUGUCCUCGGUGCAUUCCUGAACCACCUCAGCCGCGUGGGAUGCGGCAGCUGCUCGAUCCAGGGUGACAUUCUCACCGUCGGAUGGGGAAUCCUCGCGCUGCUUAUGCGGCAAACCAACGUUUUCUGGAUCGUCGUUUACAUGGGCGGCUUGGAAGCCGUUCACGCCGUCAAGACCUUGAGACCAAAGAGGGUUGAUCAACCAUUCAUGGCCACACUGUGGGAGCAGCAAAGGUAUUUCGGUUGGAGAUAUUCGGCUGGGGAUAUCCAUGACCUGCCUCUGAGCCGGGCAUGGCCGGACGACGCCCUUUUCACCGCCAUCAGCUUGGGAAUCGCUGCCAUAUGCAACCCUGGCCGGGUCCUGAGGCAAAUCUGGCCAUACUUGACGGUGCUCGGAGCCUUUGCCGGAUUCGUGGCGUGGAAUGGGGGUGUUGUCCUUGGCGACAAGUCGAACCACGUCGCCACCAUCCACCUCGCGCAGAUGCUCUACAUCUGGCCCUUUUUUGCCUUUUUCUCGCUGCCGCUACUUUUGCCCAUCGCUCUCCUGGGCAUCAUUGCGCUGUCAGGCCUCAUUGUGCGAUACAACACCAUUAUCCACCCCUUCACAUUGGCCGACAACCGCCACUACAUGUUUUAUGUCUUCCGGUACACGAUCCGUCGCGCCGCGUGGAUCAGAUACCUACUCGUUGUCCCGUACAUGAUCAGCGGCUGGAUGAUCUUGGACACCUCGGCGGGAUGCAGCCCAAGGCCUAGUAGCAGCCAGGAGGCACUUGGUGACAACUUGCGGGACGCAGAGAAAAAGUCGCCGUCGCCGGCCGAGCUGUUGCGAGCCGAUCCCCUCAGAUACUCGUCAGAGCCAAUGUCAACGUCGACGGGUCUGAUAUUCCUCGCGGCAACAUCGCUGUCUCUCGUCACGGCGCCCCUGGUAGAGCCACGUUACUUCAUCAUCCCCUGGGUGAUGUGGCGGUUACAUGUCCCGGCGGUGGCCGAGCACCUCGGACGGCACGACGUGAGGCUCGUUAUUGAGACGGCCUGGUUCUUGGCCGUCAACCUGGCGACGUGCUUCGUCUUCCUCGCCAAGCCCUAUAUCUGGAGAGCCGAGGACGGGAGUGUCCUGGAUGAUGGGCGUCUACAGCGGUUCAUGUGGUAG